CUUGUAAAUGAUCAAAGUUGACUUGAAACUUGACAAAACUCUAUGUGAUCAACUAAUGAUUACUAGUCACAUAUUUUCUUCCUGUAUGCUGGAUGCAUGGCUUGAAUCCUUUCUUUCAUCUAGUGUUUGGAUAAGAUGCUAGCUUUAACAAUCAUAUUUUGUGCACUGAUAUUGUGUUCUUCUGUUCUUCAUUCCUUUGGUAGGGAUACCAUCUCAGUAAACAGUUGGAUUAUAGAUGGGGAAACUCUUGUUUCGACCGGAGAAAGAUUUGAACUGGGGUUCUUUACUCCUGCUGGAAGUUCUAAUAAUCGAAGAUAUGUGGGAAUCUGGUAUUACAAAAUGAAUCCAACAACCGUUGUGUGGGUUGCCAAUAGAGAUUCCCCACUUACAGAAACUGGUGGUUUUUUUGCUCUACAUAAUGGCAAUCUCGCCGUAUUGGACAAGUCUGGAAAACCUUAUUGGUCUACAAAUCUUGAGAGUCUUUCAUUGCCAAAAGAGGCGAAGCUCAUGGAUUCUGGAAACUUUGUUUUGAGGAACCAGUCUGGAGUGAAUCUAUGGCAAAGCUUUGAACAACCAACUGAUACAUUUAUUUCAGGCAUGAAGAUGGACUACAGCAUUACAUUGACCUCGUGGACGAGUCAAUAUAAUCCGAAACGGGGAGACUUUACAUUGAAGCUAGAUCAAGCAGUGAAACAACUCAUCAUCUAUCGAAAUCUCGAUAUCCGUCAUUGGAGAAGUGAGACUUCAGGUGAAUUUUUUCAGUCUGAUGAACUACCUCCUGCAGUGGACAACUUGUUAUUCAACAGAAUUUCUAGACAACCCUCGAAUUAUAGCAAUACAACAUAUAAUAAUACAAGGAAUCUGAUGAAUUAUAAUAAUACAAGGAUUGUGAUGAAUUUAACUGGGGAGAUACAAUAUUGGAGCUUGGAUACUGGCAAGAAUAAAUGGAAUUUAAUGUGGAAGAAACCGACAGACAGAUGUAGUUUUUACGAUGCUUGCGGAAGCUUCGGUAGUUGCAAUACCAACAAUGCCUUGGCCUGCAAAUGUUUGCCAGGUUAUAGGCCCAAAUUUCAAGAAGAUUGGGACAACAGAGUAUUUUCUGGUGGAUGCGUCAGAAAUUCAAUAUGUGGCAAAAAUGACACCUUCUUGAACUUGAAGAAGAUGCAAGUGGGGAAUACAGAUUUAAAAAUUGAGGGUUAUAAUGACACUGAUUGUCGAAAGGAGUGUCUUGGCAGUUGUCUAUGCGUCGCAUAUUCCUUGACUAAAAAGGAAAACAGUAAACUGAGGGACAAGGUACCUGAUAACUCCACUUGCUGGAUUUGGAAAGAGGAUCUUAAACAUCUUCAGGACAAUCUUGGAGGUCAUGACCUCUUUGUGCGUGUAGCGAGUUCUGACUUAAAAGCCGGAAGUUUUCAUAAGCAAUUUAGAGGAGGAUCUUCCAGAAAAAAGGCACCAUUGCUUUUGAUCCUUGGAGUAACUAUCGCGUGUACCAUAGCUUUUUCAAUUGUGAUUGCUCUCAUUUGCAUUAGGAGAAGGAUGGUCAAAAGAAAAGAAAGAGCGGAAAACAUUAAAAGAAAUGCAGCUGUUUUCUAUGGCACUGAGAAACGCGUCAAAGACUUGAUAGACUGUGAAGAUCUUAAAGAAGAGGACCAGAAGGGAAUAGAUGUGCCUUUCUUUGAUUUAGACAGAAUAGAUGUGCCUUUCUUUGAUUUAGACAGCAUAAUAGCUGCUACGGAUAAUUUCUCAGAUGCAAAAAAGCUUGGAAGAGGAGGCUUUGGGCCUGUCUACAAGGGCAUAUUUCCAGGAGGUCAAGAAAUCGCUGUAAAGAGACUCUUAAGUGUUUCUGGACAAGGGUUAGAGGAAUUUAAAAAUGAGGUUGUUCUGAUUGCAAGACUUCAACAUCGAAAUCUUGUCAGGCUUUUGGGAUAUUGUAUUAAAGGACAUGAAAAGAUUUUGCUCUAUGAAUAUAUGCCUAAUAAAAGCUUAGAUUUCUUUGUAUUUGAUCGAAAGCUUGGCAUGCUUCUAAACUGGGAGACACGCUUUAACAUCAUUCUUGGAGUCGCCAGAGGGCUUCUAUACCUGCACCAAGAUUCAAGAUUGAGAAUUAUUCAUAGAGAUUUAAAAACAAGCAACAUUUUACUGGACUCAGAAAUGAACCCAAAAAUUUCUGACUUUGGAUUAGCAAGGAUAUUUGAAGGAAAACAAGUAGAAGGAAGCACAAACAGAGUCGUUGGAACUUAUGGCUAUAUGUCCCCGGAGUAUGCAUUAGAUGGACUAUUCUCGGUUAAGUCAGAUGCUUUUAGUUUUGGAAUCGUGGUGCUAGAGAUCCUAAGCGGAAGAAGAAGCAUUGGAGUUUUUAAGCCUGGACAAGACUCGAGCCUUUUGAGUAAUGUAUGGAAAUUGUGGAGACAAGACCAGGCAUUGGAUUUCUUGGAUGACACAUUAAGUGAAAGUGUUAAUAGCAAUGAAUUUAUCAAGUGUCUACAUGUUGCACUAUUAUGUGUACAAGAUAAUCCAGCUGAUCGUCCCAACAUGUCAAACGUUGUUAUUAUGCUAAGCAGUGAAACUACAGGCUUUCCAACUCCUAAGAAGCCAGCCUUCGUUGAAAGAAAAAGCAUUUCUGAUACAGCUUCUUCAUCAAGUAAUCAAGAAAUUAGCAUCACCGGACCUUUUUUAUCUGGAGGUAGAUAAUGGUGCUAUAAGACUUUUUUGGGUCUUACUUUGUUCUCCAUCAACCUUGUUCAGAAACUAUUUUGGUUCAUUUAUGCAUGUUUAGCAUUAAAUUGCCUAAAUUUAGCUUAACAUAUAGUCUGUUCGGCAAAUUUAACUGUUCUAGUAGCUGUCAGCUAUUUUACUAUUGGUUGGUUGGGUUAACGAUUAUAUAACGGUUUAGAAUAAAAGUGUUCAGUACAAAUAACUAUUUGAUUA